AUAUUAAUCGCCUCCAUUCGCAAACUCACCUCUCGCGCUCUCUUUUUUUCCCCCUCUUUUUCUCGAUUAAUUGCGUUUCUUUUUUGUUAAUUAGCCAAUUAAGUUAUUUUACAGAGCAAGUGUAAAAUUUGUAAUAAUGCUCGUUUAUCAGGAUCUUCUCACAGGCGAUGAGCUUCUCUCGGACUCAUUCCCAUAUAAGGAAAUCGAGAACGGGAUGUUAUGGGAAGUUGAGGGAAAGUGGGUUGUUCAGGGAGCAAUUGAUGUAGACAUUGGUGCGAACCCUUCUGCAGAAGGUGGAGAAGAAGAUGAAGGUGUUGAUGACCAAGCUGUCAAGGUUGUCGAUAUUGUUGACACAUUCAGGCUUCAGGAGCAACCUGGUUUUGACAAGAAGCAGUUUGUUACCUACAUGAAGAGGUACAUCAAAUUGCUGACACCCAAAUUGGAGCCAGAGAAGCAAGAGUUGUUCAAGAAGCACAUUGAAGGAGCUACCAAGUUCCUGCUUUCAAAGCUCAUUGACCUCCAAUUCUUUGUGGGCGAGAGCAUGCAUGAUGAUGGCAGCCUUGUAUUUGCAUACUACAAGGAAGGAGCUACUGAUCCAACCUUUCUGUACCUUUCAUAUGGGCUCAAAGAAUUCAAGUGUUGAGAAGGGAGUGUCACAUUGUAGCUGCCUUGAAUUGGAUGUGCUAUCUGGUACUAUGAGAGAGAUUUAGCAUAUUCUGUUCAGAUUUUAUAAUGCCUUCAGGGGUAAUAGUUUGUAGUGUGUUUUGGGUUUUUAGAGUAAUGAGCCCUAUAUGCUUUGACUAAGCUGAGAAAUAAAGUCAUUAUUAUGCUUUGCUCUGGAAAAA